AUGCGCGCCGGCAAGGGCCUGGAUGAGCGCAUGGCGGAAGUGCGCAUCACGUUCAAGCCACAAAGUUUCAACAGCAUUAUCCCGGGGGACUCGAAUGAACUCGUCCUGCGCAUCCAGCCAGAUGAGGCAGUAUAUUUCAAGUACCUUAACAAGGUUCCUGGAUGGGACCCGAAGAGGGCCGCGCCAGUGGUGAUGGAUAUGAGCUACACCAAGAGCUUUCCUGAUAUCUAUGUGGCCGACGCUUACGAACGCAUGUUUUUAAAUACGGCUAAGGGCGACGGAUCUCUGUUCGUCGGCAGCGGUGAGUUGACAGAGGCAUGGCGCAUCUUCACACCUCUACUGCAUGAGAUCGACGCUAAGCGCCCUGAGCCAGUCAUAUAUCCAUUUGGUGCACGUGCGCCCGCAGGAAUGGAUGAAUUUGCCGCAAAGUACGGCAUCACCAUGGCGAAAAGUUGGGAGGAGUUUCUUGUGUUCAACAAGAGUAAAUUUGGAGACCUCCGCAAGGUCUUCGAUGCGCUCGACGCAAACGGCGACGGGUCGCUCUCACCCGACGAGGUGAAGGCGCUCGCCAGGCAUUUUUUCGACGGCAGGGAGCCCACAGACCAGCAGGUCUCUCGCAUCAUGCAGCGGAUGGAUAAGGACGGCAAUGGGCGUUUGACGUUCCACGAGCUCGAGCAGGGCGUGGAAGCCAUGAGCCGGUACUGCCUGCCAGGGUACAACAAGGAUCAGGAUUUCAUGGCUGACCACCUCGCUUUGACAGAGAGCUCGCCCAAGAUAAGCGCGCCCCUCAAAGCGCCAAGCUGA